AUGUCCCUCACGGGCGUCUCUAAACCUAUCUUCCUCUCAUUAUCAUCAUCACCGUUCUCCACGGCUCGUCGCGUAUCUCCAAUCUCUCUCACAUCCACCUUUCUCAUUCGUAAUAUGCUCUUCAAAACUUUCGCCAUCCUGAGCUACCUGACUGCUCCUAUCUUGACCAUCGACAUCCUCUGGCACCCGUCCGCUAACUGCCAGGGCCAAUAUGCUCUCGGAUGUCUUGAUUACAUCCAUUUCCAGUGCUGCUCCGUAGGGUGGAAUGCCAACCCAGGCAGCUUCAGAUUCAAUGGCGACUUGGCUAAUAUUCUCAACAUAUGGGCUUUUACGCGCGCAGGAUGCCCCGACAAGGAUCCCCCCGACGGUUCCUUUAAGGGUGACGGCCGUAGGGAGAUAUGUUUCAUAACGCCUAAGUAUCGCAGCGCGUACUAUGACUACGGCGGCCCUGGUCGCCCGGCCGGCGUCGGGAAAAGAGGCCCUUGUGGGAGGCCGAAUGCCCUUGUUAAGGCUGAUGGUACCAAGUUCGACCUGUCCGGACUUGACGAGAACCAGUACAAUGAAGUGGCUAUUUCAUAA